UGGGCCCAUUCCAUGUUGUUGAUACAGAUUUUCGUACUAGAGUUCUCCUCAUCCCUCUGACUCCUGAACUUGAUUUCAGUCAAGUGCAUUUAGCGUUCCUUUCCCAGGCUUUUUCGUGAAGCGGUGUCUUGAGGCUCAGGCCCCCUCGUUUAAAGUCUAGUUGGCAUCAGUACAUCAGGAUAGUUUAAAAUCAUCUCAGAGUCUUGACCUCAAGAACACCCGCCCUCUGGGAGAGAGCUGUACCUGCACCAGGAGGAUGGGCAAUCACACCGCCGUGAGCACCUUCCUUCUGUGGGGCUUUUCCAGUUUCCCAGGCCUGCAGACUCUCCUCUUUGUGACGAUUCUCUUCUCCCACGCUACCAUCCUUGCUGCAAAUGCGUCUGUAAUGGUGGCCAUCAAGUGCACGCACAACCUUCACACCCCCCUGUACUUUCUGCUCGGUGGUCUGUCCUUUUCAGAAACCUGCACCACUAUGGCAAUUAUCCCCCGACUGCUGGUGGACCUCCUGUCAGAAAGCAAGACCAUUUCUCUCUCAGAGUGUGCCACACAGAUGCUUUUCUUCUUUGGCUUGGCAGCCAGCAACUGCUUCAUCAUGUCUGCCAUGUCCUAUGACCGUUACACUGCCAUCCGCAACCCGCUGCACUAUGCCACCCUGAUGACCCCAAAGGUCUGCUUCCAGCUGAUGACGGCCUCUUGGGUGGCUGGGUUCCUGGUUUCUCUGUGCAUUGUCGUCAUCAUAUUCAACCUGUCUUUCUGUGACUCCAACGUCAUCCAGCACUUCUUUUGUGACAUCUCACCUGUGAUGUGCCUUGCUUGUGACUAUACUCUCUACCAUGAAAUGGCUGUAUUUGUGUUCUCCGCCUUUGUGUUGGGGGGCAGCUUUAUCCUAAUUAUGAUUUCCUACGUCUUCAUUGGGUCCGUAGUUAUGAAGGUGCCUUCUGCCAAGGGGAGGUGUAAGGCCUUCUCCACCUGCUCCUCCCACCUGACCGUGGUGUGCAUACACUAUGCAUUUGCUGGCUUUGUCUAUCUGAGGCCCAAGGACAGGGACUCCGUCCGUGAAGAUAUGCUGAUGGCUGUGGCAUACACAAUACUGACACCUCUGCUUAAUCCCAUUGUUUACAGUCUAAGAAACAAAGAAAUGCAGGUAGCCCUAAGGAAGGUACUAGAUAAGAAAGUUCACCCCUCAGAUGGUUAAUGAAAGAAUCCUGAGCCCUUAAAAACUACAGAUUGCUGGAAAAUAAAA